CGCCGCAAAUGCAUUUUCGGUGAAUCAAGAUGGUCUUAAAUCGCCAAGAUGGCGAUGAGUCUAAGGAGUCACAGUUUGUUGUUUGCAUGCGGUUUUUUCUAAUUGUUAACUGAGUGCACGCUAAUUGUCAUCAUGGGUAGAAACUAGAGUCUUCAGAGUUUAAGUUCGACCAGGGCGAGGACCCUUAGUGGCCGCUUGAACAAGCCCCUGUGCCCUUUUUCGCGGCGUUUGGUGUGUGCAUAGCCUGUCAACAACCAUGAACAAGCUCUCAUUUCGAGCCAGGGCGCUCGACGCCUCGAAGCCCAUGCCCAUUUACAUGUCGGAGGAAUUGCCUGAUCUCCCGGAGUAUUCGGCGAUCAAUCGAGCAGUCCCUCAAAUGCCGAGUGGAAUGGAAAAAGAGGAAGAAUGUGAACAUCAUCUUCAAAGGGCAAUUUGCACAGGCAUCAUCAUACCCACACCUGAAGUUUACGACCUUGUUGAAGAUGCUGAUUACGAUAUGUUGUAUCCGGCAGACUAUAAAAUGCCUAAACAACUUAUUCAUAUGCAACCAUUCCUUAUUGACCAAGAAGUCCCUGAAUAUGACAUGGAUUCAGAUGAUGAAGCGUGGAUUAGAGAGCAGUCCAAAAAGAUGGACAUCAACCCCUUAAAGUUUGAGGAGAUGAUGGACCGUCUUGAAAAGGGCUGUGGCCAGACCGUUUUGGAACUGAAUGAAGCUAAAACGUUGCUCAAGGAGGAUGACGACCUCACUGUAGCUGUUUAUGAUUAUUGGUUGACGAAACGUCUAAACACACAACAUCCCCUGAUCCCACAAGUCAAGACAGAGUCACGAGCGCCCACCACAGCCACUAACAACCCCUACCUGGCCUUUAGGCGAAGAACAGAAAAAAUGCAAACAAGGAAAAAUAGGAAAAACGAUGAAGCUUCAUAUGAAAAAAUGCUCAAGCUGAGGCGGGACCUGUACCGUGCAAUCACUCUCCUUGAACUUGUAAAGCGUCGUGAAAAGUACAAACGGGAAAAUCUUCAACUUGCCAUAGAAAUCUACGAGAAGAGAUACCAAGCGCAAGAUUUUUCAGGAUCCAUUGUGAAUGAAUUAAGUGCCGCAAAGCCGCCAAGGCCAGCGUUUACUCAACUAUACAACCACUUAAAUCACAAUUGGGUGCAUAAAAUGCCGCCUCCCAAAGUAAGCCCUGUAGCUGCCAAGGAGGACAUAAACUCGAGAAAAGAAAAGCGACAGUAUAAAAAACGUAAACAUAGGUCAGGGCAAGGCUCUGCAAAUUUGAAUCGAGGCAGUGCUUUGUUGGAGAGCUCCGCUAUGCCAGUGAGCUCAGAAGAUGACAGCUUUGAGCCUUUGGGCGGACUAGCUUCCGAUACUGAAGAGGAUGCAGAUUCUGAUGGACCGUUUACGUUCAGACGCAGGAAGAAUUGCGACAGCUUCCUUGCUCCAAAACCCCUUGGUCAAGGAAAUUGGCCGUGGACAAGCAAAGAGGACGGUGGAGAUGCAGAUGUUAAAUAUAGGUACACACUGGCUUCAAUUCGACGUCCAAAGCCUAUGACUGUCGGCUUCGUGAGACGAAGAUUGGGUCGAGGCGGAAGAGUAAUACUGGAUAGGGCAAGCACGUCGCUGGACGACUACUGGUCCACCCUCGAUUUCACUGUUUUCGACUCGGCAGCGCCGAAAGUGGCAGCGUCGGUUGAAACGCCCCAGGCAGCCGCGGUUGCCGCCCCUCCUGCUUCGCCAGGGCCCUCAACGGCACUACCUCCUCCAACAGCAGCAGCUGCCGCAGCUUCGGUGCCAAGUUCUCCUUCCAAAGCGUUCACAUUGACGGCACCGCCGCUCCCUUCACCGUUGACAGACAAGACAGACGCACAGUUGCUGGGCGAACUAACCUCCGACUGGCUCCACUUUCAUCCUGUCUACAAUUUCGGUGACGAGUUUAGUGACUGUCAAUUGCCGUUCGAAGAGUUGGACGUUGAGGAACCAGACUUUGAAACAGCACCGUCGCAGCUUGAGCCAAGUGUCGACUUUGAUUCUUCUGUAUGGUCGUCGUCUAAGUUCACAGUGAUUGAUGCUUCAAGUUAUGUUCCUCCCAAGCCCGUUUCACCCAUUCCAUCAACAUCAACUGUCGUUUUACCGCCGCCGCCCGCUCCACCUCCGCUCAAGACUCAACGACUAGCUCUGAAGGAUCGAAUUUACCAGUUGCAAAAUAAUCGGGGCACCACUCCGAAUGGGCCUCACAGUGUUAAAGCUGCAACUGGGAUCCCUCAGCCAAAUAACACGAGCAGCCCUGCAGCAAUCACGGCACUUUCACCCCUCACCCCUUCUUGGACCUCUGACGCCCCCACCUCUUCACGACUGACAAAGCCGGUUCAGCCAUCAUCUACUGCAGAACCGGCACUCCCUGGAGAAGGUGGUGCGGAGAUGAAGAAGGAAUCACAAAUUCCUGACGAUCAGUCUGUAGACGCGAUUUUAAGACAUGUCAUGGAGGUCACAUGAUAGUAGCCCCCCGGAAAGCGUACUUUGAAUUGGUAAAAACUCCUGCAGGCUUUUUUGAUGUCAUCAUUGAGAGAGGCUCGACAAACACUGCUUUAGAACUGGUGCCGGCCUCUAUUUCUGACUACGAAUUCAAAUAAGCUUUAAGACAGUUACAUGAUGUAUAAAAAACAAACAAAAAAUAAUUAACUCUCUGUGAUAAUGUAUAGUGUAAGCCUGGAGAUCUUUGCCACCAAAAUCUUUGUUGUCUUUUUGUUCUUGUAAUAGACCUUGUGUGCAUUUAAUGAUUGCAGUAGCCAAAAUUUUAAAUUGUAUCAAUCUCAAUGUUUUAUCCCACUGUACUCUCCAUGAUGAUAAUGUCAUAUAGUGGGUAUUGAAAAUAGCCCUCCAUGUGGGUAAAUUGUAAAACAUGUAUGUCUCACACAAUAUGAUAUUCUCGUGUAUACAAGUAACUAAAACUAAAAAUGGCUCAUAAUUACACAGUAGAAUACCUGCAGGAGAGUCCUCAAUUUUUUUGUGUAUGGACAUUCAAAAUCAUCCUAAUUUGAUCUGGUGCUACUUAAUUGACAACUUGAAUAAAUCGGGCGCCGCCACUUCAACUGUUAAACGUGAGAAGACUUCAGUCAGUGAAAAUGGGAGCGAAUACGUGCUUUUUUAUAAAUGAAUUUAAACGGACUGUAAAUAUUGUAUCGAAACGAAAGAAUGCGGAGUUAACUUUCGGUUGUAACAUAAAAAGCUUUUUAAGUGAAUAGAAAUUUCAAAGUCUUCAAUGUGAAACAA